AUGAUGAUUUUUUUUUUGUGUAUUUGAACAUUGUAAAACUCGUUUUGAUCUUUUAAACGCUUGAGAUUAUAAGCUUUGUACACGUGUUUAAGAACAGCUACAAUGACAUUGAUUUACCAAUUUUGAGUGAGGAUGGAUCUCCCCAAGCCACCAGAAGAUCAUGACUUGAAGAAUAUCAUUGAUAAAUUGGCCCAGUUUGUUGCCAGAAAUGGACCAGAGUUUGAACAUAUGACAAAACAAAAACAAAAAGACAAUCCCAAGUUUUCAUUUCUCUUUGGUGGAGAAUUCUUCAAUUAUUAUCAGUAUAAAGUAACAACAGAACAAGCAGUUGCUAAAAAACAACAACAACAAAUGAUGCAACGGCAACAAAUGGUGCAGCAAGUUAUGACACAACAGCCACUUCCAACAGCACCACCAUGGCAGCAACCUCAGCAACCUAAUCAGCAGGUUCAGAACCUCCAGCAACAAAUUGCACAGCACCAGGCAAUGAUGGAGCAACAAAUUAAACAAAGUGAACAGAACCUUGCAGCACAAUAUCAAAGCCUGAUUCAGCAACAACAGAUUCAGAUAGAAGAGGCCAUUGUGAAAUCAAGAAACGAGCAGCUGGAGAAACUGGCAGCAGAAUGCGAUGUCAACAUGGAGGAUUUAAAUGGUACAGUCCAACCAAUCAUUGACUCCUGUACCAAGGACGCCAUUCUGAAUGGGAAGAGCUGGAUAUUUCAGCAUUGCACUAUUACAGAAAAACACUGUGACCUUGUUGCGAAAUAUUUGCAAAAAAGGUUGGUACAAGCCAAUGUCAGCCCAAAUAGAAUCACAUCGAAGGAUGCUGUAUUUGAGUUGCGAUUACACUUGAUUUAUUUGAUGAACGAUCUCCUACACCAUUGUGUGAGGAAAAAUGCAAGUGAACUAAGGAUAAGUUUGGAGAAAGUUGUUGUUCCAAUCUUCUGUACAGCCAGUGCAGGAAUAGAGGAAGACAAGAGACAAAAACUGGAUAAGCUAUUAAACCUUUGGGAACAGAACAAAUACUUUUCACCGGAAACUAUUGAGCAACUAAAGAAUCCAACAAUAGCCCUAGCUAAUUACCAGACAAACCUGCUUAAUGAACAUGGUGCGACUGUUGCUCAGAUAUCUGCAACCACACAACAGAAGUAUGGCCACCUACAGAAGCAGCACCAGGACUUCAUCGCCCACCUCAACAACCAGCUGCAACAACUGCAGCAACAGUUACAGAUACUGCAGCAACAGGUGGUGCCACAAGGGCCUCCCCCACCCCAGGGGAUGGCCUCAAUGGUGGAGGGGCUACCACCAGGGAGUGGUAUUCCUACAGGAAUCCCAGCAUCUGUUCCCCUCUCUGUGUCCAUGGGACCGGGUCCCCUACAGAUCCCAUCCUCUGCGCCAAUGGCAGUGCCUCCCAGCAGCCUUGGGGACCCCCAGGUUGUACAGGUCACACAGAUGAUACCAACACCCUGUGUUGUGGGGGACCAGCCACCCCCUGUUUCAGCGGAGCCUCCCCCUCCUCUGAUGCAGCAACAACUUGGUCCAAUACCAGGAGCCCAGCCCCUCCAGGGUCUUCCUCCUGGGUCUGCCCCUCAGCAGUUUGGACCACCACCUGGGGGAUUUGGGGGACCGCCUCCUGGAUUUAGGGGACCACCUCCUCAGAAUGUCGGCCCUGGUGGCCCACCUGCAGGACUACCCCCAGGUUUCACUCCUGCACCCUCAACAUCAGGACCAGGUCAGAAUCAGUUUGCUCUCCCCGAUCUGAGUAAACCUCCCCCAGGCUUUCCUGCUGGACUCCCCCCAUUUGCCCCACCUCCAUCUGAUAUCGACUUGACACCAUCAGUACCGUACUUUGAAUUGCCAGGUGGACUUAUGGCACCUUUAGUUAAAUUGGAAGACCAUGAAUAUCGCCCAUUGGAACCUAAAGACAUCCGCUUACCUCCUCCUAUGCCGCCAAGUGAGAGGUUACUGCUAGCUGUGGAGGCUUUCUACAGUGCUCCAACUCAUGAGAGGCCUAGAGAUAGUGAAGGAUGGGAAAAACUUGGUCUGUACGAGUUCUUCAAAGCCAAACAGAGAGCUAGAAAACUUAAAGAGGAGGAGAAAGAAGCAGAGAGACAACAGAGAGGUCGAAGGUCAAGGUCACAUUCAAGAUCCCGCUCCAGGUCAAGGUCAAGAUCACGUUCCAGAUCCAGAUCCAGGGAGAGGGAAAGAUUUAGAGACAGAGAGGAAAGAAGGUCAAGAAGUAGAUCAAGGUCACCUUCUCCUCCGCCUAGAGGUCGCAGGAGGCAAAGUGGAAGGAGAAGCAGGUCAAGGUCAGAGUCACCUUUACCUUAUCAAAGGAGCAGCAAGUCACCCUCUCCAUCACCACGGCGAAGAAAAGUGUCCAGGAGUCCCACUCCAACUGACGAAUUUGUUGGGAUGGGAGCACAACCGACUCCCGACUCCAAGUUGGGUUACGACAACAAAGGCCACCAAAUGCUGAUGAAAAUGGGCUGGGGAGGAAAGGGGUUAGGAGCCAGUGAGCAAGGAAUAGUAGAUCCCAUCUCCGGAGGGGAUGUGAGGGACAGGCAAGAUAUGUUCAAAGGUGUGGGAGUGGAUCUCAAAGAUCCCUUUGAACAGUUCCGUAAAAACAAGAGUCAUGGAUUCAUUGCAAGGAUGAAAGCAAGGGAUGAAAUGAGAGAGAAAAGUAAAAAAGACAAAUCUGAAGACAGCUGAUUAGAUGGGCAGCCAUAUUAAAUACAUUUACUUUGUAAUCGUGUGUCAAUUCAUUGUCUCAUUAAAAUUACAUGUAUCAAAAACCACA